ACUCGUUGAUAUUAUGUGCAAGGUGGGCUGCUAUUGGAUUACUAGACUACUUGUACUUCCUUGGUUUGUCUUGCUUCUACUUCUGCCUGGUUGUAUUCAAGCCGAACCAUGGAAAAGUUUUACUUCUAGGCUAGGGAAACCUCUGAUUGUAGAUGAUGGAAUUGUAUAUUCUUGUUCUGAGAAAUUUUUGUAUGCUUUUAAAAGCAAUGGGUCUAUGGUUUCGAGUGUACACUUGAAUUAUACGUGCAAUGGCGGCAUUGCUCCGGUUUAUGGUGGAAAAGGGAAGGUGUACAUCAUUGCAGAAAACAAAGUGUUAAGGAUCAAUACUUUGACUGCUGGAACAUCUGAUCCAGCUGUUGAACUUUUCUUUGGUAAUGAAUCAACAGGAGAAAGAUCAGAUGAAAUCCUUGGACUUUCUGCAAGUAUGCUAACAUCUUCUGUCUAUAUAAACAUUAGAAAUGAAGGACUUUUUGCAUAUUCGUUGAGAGGGAGGCUGCGUUGGAGUGCUUUACCGGUAAUUAAUCAGUUCGGGUAUUUUCAAGGUUGCAAGAAUAAUGUUACAGACUGUUAUUUCAAGUCACCUCCUAUUAUUGAUAGUUGUGAGAGCAGUGUAUAUAUUUCAAAUAAUGAGGGAGAACUCUAUUCUAUAUCAGCUCGUAGUCCUCAUUUUAAAUGGAUUCAGAAUUUGAGUUCAUUUGACAAAGUAUUUACUGCCACUCCAGGAAACAAUGGCUUCCUGUAUGUUACAGUUCCUGCUAAGGCCAUUGUACUCGGUUUAGAUGCUUUUACAGGUGAUAUUUCAUGGGAGAUUAAUAUUGGACCUCUAAGUUCUGCAGAGCUUUUACCUGUAGUUGAUGCCAAUGGGUGGGUAUCUAUCGGUUCACUUGAUGGAUUCCUCUACUCCAUCUCACCAACGGGGAUCCUAAAAAAGUUCUCUAAGGCGUCUCCAGUGAACUCCGUGAUUCAAGUCAGUCCUGUUCUUGAUUGCUCUGGCUAUGCAGUUUAUAUAUCACAGACAGAAGUGGAGGGUAAAAGCAGCCGUGUGAUUGAUAAUUACACAUUUGUUUCUGCAAUGAAACCCAAGAAUGUUGUUUUUUCAUUGUUGGUUCCUGCCACUGAAGCUUUCUAUUGGUCGGACAUGUAUCCUGGUGAAUUUGCAUCAAACCUAUCACGAAGUGACCUGAAUAAGUUUAAUCUAAACGAGGAGAUUGCCCUUGCUUUUAUUGCUGCAGCAAAGAUCGGAAACCCACUUCCAUGCAGGAGCACCAAUCUGAAGCUAGCAUUUAGUUGCUCCGAGUUGAGGCCCAAGAGCAUCAGUGUUUUCCUAGGAAACGAAAGAGCUAUACUUUUAUUCUUGCUGUUUGAAACCAUUAUCUUGGUUGCGUUGGCUAUAAGUGUACGAUUCUGUUGUAUAUUUUGGAAUAAGCAGAAGCUCCGAAAUCAAGAUCUUGGAAAAUUCCUUGAUAAACGAGAAUCACUGCGGCUUAAAAAGAAAGAGUAUGAUCAGACGAUUUCAGAGCUAGAGCAGAAGGCAGCCAAGGAGGCAACAACCAGCAAUGUUUUGGAAAAUUUGAGCAAUCUAGUACGUUAAAGAGAAGGCAUCGAAAGGAAACUCUCAACAACUUACAGCUUAGGAAAAGACAGCACAAGUUCACUGUCAAAACCUGUACUUCCAAUAUAUGAUAGGAAAGUAAGAAGCUAUUCUUUUCAAGGGUCAAAUACUGAAAAUGUUACUAUGUUUCACACAUAUAGCAGUACUUCAGGUGAAGAAAGUGAUCAAGAAACAAAUUCCGAGCAUGAUUUGCAUACUGAAAUAGAAUUGGCUGCUAAAGAUCUGAAGGGGAAAGCAAAGGCAGAUGAAGCAAUUGAAAUAAGCUCUAGUGAAUGGGAAGACUCGUAUGACAGCUCCUCAAGAACAAGUUCGGGGUCUAGACGCCUUCAUGAUGUGAACAAGGUUCAAAGUAGGGGUGAAAAAGCAUGGUUGUUCAGGAGAAGAAGGUCCUUGUCCUCUACUAAUUAGGAGUGAUGUUUUAUGUAUGUAUUAAUAUGCUUUACAAAUCAAUAUUUACAUUUAAUUAUUCUAUGAAAAUAAAAAAUGAUGAUAAUACUAAGAAGAAAGCA